AUGGUACCUCCACCACUCAAAAAGCCUGGAAAGGUCAUCUUGAUAUUCGAAGACAAGGAGAAAGCAAAAGCAUGGGAAAGAGAUAUGGUUCUCUGGGAAGAAGAUGCCAAACGCGGCAACGUCACAAAUAAACCUUAUCUCAGCCUUGUGACAGUCUGA